AUGUCGCCUCAAAGAUAUCAGUGGCCCGAUGACCUUGACAAUGUCGAAGAUGUUGAAAGAUAUCACAAGGGUGGUUUUCUUCCUGUCCACAUUGGAGACGUCAUUGAGAAAAUAUAUAGAAUCCUCCAUAAGCUUGGCUGUGGGGGAUUCUCGACAGUAUGGCUAGCAAGGAGCACGAUUGAUGAGAAGCUCUAUGCACUCAAGAUCCUGGCCGCAGAUGCACCGCAGACAGAACUGGAGACACUACUUUACCUGAUGAACUCUCAGGGUACACAUGCAAGUGUAUUGUCCCUACAUGGUCACUUCAAAAUUUCUGGCCCUUACGGUUCCCACUGCUGUCUGGUGUUACCGGUCUUAGGACCAAGUCUCAAGCAUCUGCGUCGGACAGAGCUACCACCGCCUUUCGUCCGACACGCCUCACGUCACUUAGGCGAAGGGCUUUCAUUUAUUCACAAAGCAGGGGUUUGCCAUGGUGACCUGACUCACAACAACGUGCUUUUUGCUUUGCACGAUGUCGCCAACUGGACUGAUUCAGAGGUAUAUCGUUACCUAGGAGCUCCAAGGAAAACCCAGUUGCUGCGCAUGGAUGGUUCACCCGCGGCGGCUCCAAGAGAAGUCGUGGGAGGGAUCAACUUCAGGGGCUUAGAUCCUAAGCUGCUUUCGGGCCAGGCUUGUAUUGUCGAUUUCGGGCUGUCUUUCCGAAGCAGUAAUCCGCCAUCCGAGAUUCCUGGUAUUCCCCGGUCAUUCCUCGCCCCAGAACUCUGCUUUGGAUACCUAGAGUCACAAGCAAGUGACGUCUGGAGCCUAGGAUGUGUCAUUUUCGAACUUCAUAGCUCUCGAGCUCUCUUUCCUCUUAUUUUCGACCAGCUGGAUCUUCUGAUCGGAACUAUCGUUGAUACAUUGGGCAAUCUUCCAGACCAAUGGGAAGGCCAAUUUGUCAAUCAGGCGGACCGCCGUUUGAAACCCGGGCAGAAAGACUUCUGGUAUGAUCCAAGUUUCACUCCCGGAAGAGCCCUGGAAAAGCAGAUCAAGGACAAAUGCCCGCAAAUCUCGGAGGAGCAGAGAGAUGUGCUGCUGCGACUAUUGAGAGGGGUGCUCUCGAUAGACCCUGUCCACCGGCUCAGCGCAGCGGACAUGGUCAGUCAUCCCUAUCUACAAUAG